GUGGCUCGGGCACGCGGGCGCGAUAACGUGCCAUACCACGUGGUCUUUUCACGUGAGCCAAUCAAAUGCGUCCAGAUCACAGGUGCCGCGCUCUUAGCGGAAGAGAAGAUGUCUGCUGCGAGGAACGGAAAGAAUGGAAUUCUGGAGAAAUGGCGCAUUGAUGAGAAACCAGUGAAGAUUGAUAAAUGGGACGGAGCUGCUGUGAAGAACUCUCUAGAUGAUGCAGCGAAGAAGGUGCUGCUAGAAAAGUAUGGCUACGUGGAGACCUUUGGACUGGUGGAUGGUCGUCUGGUCAUCUGCACAGUCUCCUGUCUCUUUGCCAUGUUGGCUCUGAUCUGGGACUUCCUGCACCCCUUCCCUGAGUCCAGACCGGUUCUGGCAUGCUGCGUCAUCUCCUACUUCAUCAUGAUGGGCAUCCUGACGCUUUACACCUCCUACAAGGAGAAGAACAUCUUCCUGGUGUCUCUGCAGAGGGACCCUUCAGGACUGGAUCCAGACCACGUGUGGCAGCUGUCCUCGUCCCUGAAGAGGUUUGAUGACCAAUACUCGCUAAGAGUUUCCUUCUCUGACGGGAAGUGGAGGAACUGUCGCGAGGCCGAGUUCACCAAGUCGGUGUCUUCGUUCUUCGACGAGAACGGGACUUUGUCCAUGGACCAGUUUGAGAAAUGUGUCUCUAAACUCCACGACACGCUGGCCUCCGACAAGAAGACCAAGUAACCAGUGUAUCAGUACGUCAAUACACCAGUGUAUAAUAAAGCAUUUCUCCUCCCUCACAUGAUGUCAUCUUAAAGCUCAUGAUGCGUUCAAAGACACUCAGACAGUCAAAGACUCAAUGUCAGCUGCAACAAGCAGACUUCAAAAUGAAAAAUUCCCUAAAAGAUCCUGGUGUCUGAUGUUGUCUUCGGUUUCUGGACAUCACACCACCUCAGAUCCACCAUCCGCCAUCUAAAAUCCCCCAUUUAACACAACAUGACAUCACUGGUGGGCGCAGCCUCUGAUUGGUAAAGAUCCAGAAUGUUAUUAAUGUCUGAAGCUUUUCUUUAGCAUCUUUAUGAUCUGUGUGAGUGAGUGAAGCCUUAAAACCGAAAGUGGUAACUUUACUCUGAAUGUGUUUCCUUUUUUAAGUUUGGGUGAUAGACCCCCCCCCCCCCCCGACCCUUUGUGCAGGAUACGCGGUUUGAAGAUGGAUGGAAGUUUGAAGAAUUAAACAUGGAGAUUGUUACAGAAA